AAUGGCGACAGAGUCGGGUGGCUUGUCGAAGGAGGAAUUCCUUCUUGUUCAAGAGCAACUUUUGCAGCUGAAAAAUGAAAAUUACGAGUUACGAGAGGAGAUUAAAAAGAAGAACGCAGCAGCUUCCCAACACCAAAACUCUCCGAAAAAUGAAGCAUUGCAAUUUGCUAGCAAGUUAAUCAACAGAGCAUCUUCUUCGAAAAAAGAUGAAGCAGAAAUUGAGUCGCUUCGGCGGAAACUAGAGACCCAAGAGCAAGAGUUUCGCCUUCAACAAUCUACCCUUUUUGAAGAGCUCAAGACAAUAUCCACACAAAAUGAGACAUUAAAGAAUCAAAUGUCGUCUUAUUCUGAUCAUCCUCUGGAAAAAGAAGCAGAAGAAAGGCAAACAGUGGAACAAUUAAAAGAAGCUAUUAAAAAUUUAACAGACGAAAAAGUUUUGCUAUGUCAAGAAACAAUUCCUGCUAUAAGCAACAAAGUUACAAGUCUCAGUGAAGAACUUGAAAACUGUCAGACAUUGAACGUCGAGCUUGAAGAUCGUUUACUCUCAAUAACUUCAGAAUCCGAAGCUAUUCUUAAAAUUAAGGAGAAGGUUGUCGAGGAAAAUUUGCGAAUUAGGAAAGAAAUUGAAGAAUUACGCAGAGAAAAUGAAGGGAUUGCUGAAAAAAUGAAGGAGAGUAACAAUGCAGUGAUGGAUGAAAAUAAAAAGCUUUCUGAUGAUAAUCUGGAAUAUAGAAAGACAAUGUUGAGUCAGAAAUCUGAAAUUGACAGUUUAAAAGCUGAGAAUUUUAAACUCGUCUCUGAAAAUCAACUAAAUCAUGACGUUUCUAAAAACCUUGCUGCUCUACAAUCAGAAAAACUAAAGCUGACUGAAAUAUCUCAACAAGAAAUAUCAGGUUUGAAAAAAAAGAUCGAAGUUUUAAAAUCGGAAAAUCAUCGUCUUUCGUCUCAAAUCCAACAGAACACUAAUGAAGCUGCAAAGAACCACGAAAAACUUUUAGAAGACCGAGUACUUCUUCUCGAAACUCGUUAUCAAUUGGAAGUUGAUGAUCUUAAAAAGAGUUUUGAGUCGGAUAAAGAAUGUUUCCUUUUGAAAAUGACGAGUUUAGAGGAGAAGCUGAAAUCAGCGGAAGAAGACAAGAAGCUCGCAGUGAAAAAAGCAAUGUCUCUUGUGAAAGAGCUACAAAAAUCAUUAAAAGAAGAGAGAAAACGAGCUGAUUCUUAUGAGAGAAAAAGCGAAGAAAGAGCUGGAUGGCAUGUGGUUCCACCAGAAAAUGAUAGGCAAAGUAGUCAUACUUUCGACGGAAACGAAAGUGUUUCAUCAAUGUCGGCAAUCGAAUCGGAGAACGUUGAACUUAUCACUCGUCUAGCCACGUUACAAAAGAUUCAUUCGGAAAAUGCAGAUUCCAUUCUCCAACUCGAAUCAGAAAAUAGUCGCUUGCGACGGGAAGUGACGGAAAAAGGAGAAUUAAUUGAGAAUUUGAUCCGCGAAAAACCUCUUGGCACCGGAUUUCAACAACAGAAUAAUCUGGGUUCUUCUUCUUCUUCUUCUGUUCAACCGAAACUUGAAGCGUCAUUCCGAAAACUGCUCAAUACACUUGGCCAAGAUUCCCGAGAUUCAGAUGUCCGUGAAAUGAACAAAAAGCUGCAAAGAAUGCUUGAAGAGACACUUUCUAAAAAUAUAAUUCUUCAGAGAGACUUGCAAACUAUUAUGGAGAGAACUGGCUUGUAGAUUUAUAUCUUUUUUUAAAAUUUCUAUUGAAUCCGUGUGUGCAUAUGUAGAUAUUGUUACUGAAACCAUUGCAUUUUUUUUUCUGUAUUUUUUGCUGAAAUUUCAAUUGAUCUAAUUUUCCAAUUAAGCAUUUUGUAUAUUCUUUGUGCAUAAUAAUUUUUUAAUUUUCAG